AUGCCAAUUAAUAGACGUUCUCGAGCCAGCGGAAAGGAGGUCAAGGACGUGAUGUUUGACCUGCCGGUAAGCACCGCAACUCGUUACAUCAAAUGCGAUGAGCACCCUGAUCUGUGCAAAAACUGCUCAACCACUGGUCGGACCUGCGACGGGUACGAUCUGCACCGGGUGCAUGUUAAUAUCAUCUCCCGCUUGACGGAUUUAGGAACACGUCCUAACUGGGUGAUGACCGUGGAGGAGCAGCGUGCGGUGUAUCACGCCGUCAUUGCGCUCAGCGCCAUUCAGCAGGACUCAAGAAGGGCUAAACAGCAUGCUCGUCUUCAGUACGCACUUGAGCAGUCGACACGGUCAUUCGCACUACUAAGUAAACGGCAUACAUCCCAGGACCCCGAGUUGCAUCAGGUGAUCGUGCUUUGCUGUUUGCUGUUUGUCAUAGCUGAUAUGCUAUGUGGGCGGCGUGAUACCGCAUUCAUGCAUUUACAGAGUGGCCUGCGUAUAUUAAAAGAACUGGAGAUCCAGCGACGACUGGAAGAACUCAUGGAAGAGAGCCUGGUCACAGCAUUCGUUCACCUGGAUAUCCAGCUAUCGAAUUUCAGGUCCGAUCAGCCAGGCUUGUGCAGUAUAAAUAGACCAGAAGAUGAAGUAUUCAAAAUCAACAGUGUUAGAGUGAUUCAAAUCCUUGAACAGACAUUGUCGCACUUAGAUAAUCUCAUGCGCUUUAGCAGCCCACUACGCGCUAAAUACUGGGCCAUAGCAAAGUCCGGACCGAGCGGGGACGAACAUUAUCCAUGUCUUUUGAAGCAACGUAUGCUCCUGUCCCAUUUCCGCCAUUUCGCGGAGCUGUGCGCAGCGGAGCUAGUUCGAUUACAGUACCUUGAUCAGCUGCUGGCGCAGAAAACCUGCCCUUUUGAUGUUUUAGAGCCAAAGAACUCCACGUCUGACUAUCUGGUCCUUCUGGAAGCCACGGAAGCCUUUGACCAAAUAUCCAGAGCGGUCCUCCAUCACCCUGGAUUAUGGGAUCAUACCCGGCCUCUUUGUGGUGUCGUCUAG